AUGGGUGGCGGCUUCAACUGCACCGGAAGUAACACAGAAGAAGAAGCAGUAGUAAAGAUGGCUGACAAUAGCAACACAGAUCGCACGGAGGAUGACAACAUGGAGAACACUGUUGCUUCGGGAGGAUCUAUGAUGGUGAUCACUGUCAAAACCCCCAAUGGAAAAGAGGAAAUUUCGAUAUCGGAGGACUCUUCUGUCUCACAGUUCAAACAGGAGGUAUCCAAAAAGUUUGAGGCCCAGCAGGACCAGCUGGUGUUGAUAUUUGCUGGAAAGAUUCUGAAGGAUGGCGAUCCUUUAAAGCAGCACGGUAUCAAAGACGGGUUAACUGUUCAUCUUGUCAUCAAGACUGCCCCAAAAUCAACAGGUGAUGGCCCAUCUCAGACAAGUUCCAGUUAUGGAAACCCUCCAAGUUACAGCAGCAUUACCUCAAACCCCACUGUAGCAGACAGAGCAGAAGGUGGAAUGAAUCCAACGCCAACACAAACUGCUAAUCCUAUGGGUGGACUCGGGGACCUGUCUGGCUUGUUGGGUCUGGGCAUGGGUUCAUCCAGCUUCAUGGAGAUGCAGCAGCAGGUGCAGAGUCAGCUGAUGUCCAACCCACAGAUGUUGACGCAGAUGAUGGGCAACCCCAUGGUCCAAAACAUGAUGUCCAACCCAGACCUGAUGAGACAGAUGUUAGCAGGCAAUCCUCAGAUGCAGCAUCUCAUGGACAGUAACCCGGACGUCUCCAGCAUGUUCAACAACCCUGAGCUUAUGAGACGGAUUCAGAGUCCCGAGACACUGUCUAUGCUGACCAACCCCAGAGCCAUGCAGGCCCUCACCCAGAUCCAACAGGGCCUGCAGACCUUGCAGACAGAAGCCCCAGGGUUCCUGUCCAGAUUGUCUCCUGGAGGCCUCACAGUUCCUCCAGGCACAGGGGGCAGCAUCCCCCGAGUGACCCCUCAGUCUCCUGCCAUGACAACAGCAUCCAAUCCCUCUCAGCAACAGCUCAUGCAGCAGAUGUUACAGAUGUUCUCAGAGGGCGGGCCAUCACUUCAGGGCCCAGAGGAUCGGUUCCGGCACCAGCUAGAGCAGCUCAACACCAUGGGCUUCGUUGACCGCGCAGCCAACCUGCAGGCACUCACCGCUACAGGAGGGGACCUCAACGCUGCUAUCGAGAGACUUAUAAAUUAACUCUGUUUAUUCUGCGGUUGAGGGUGGAGAAGUGUGAGAGUUAGGGGCUGGCCCGGUAGAUUAAUAGUAAAUACAUGAAAACGGUCCUACUUUAUAGGCUGACCUAACAACCUCAUAGACACAGUUGUAAAUCAUAGUCAGAGAGUUUGAAGGAUGUCGUUGGUUUAUAACAGGAUUUUUGAUGUUAAAAUGCCGUGGCAGCGCUGCUACUGUAAAAUGAUGCCACUACUAUCACUGCCGCGACCAAUGAGUUAUUCCUGCCAGUGCAGCGGGACAUGAUUUCUGACAUUAAAAGUGCUCAUUGAGUAAAAUCUGCAUGAGGUUACCAAGAAAUAUGAUUAUGUAAUUUUAAAAGAUUAUGAUUGGGUAGUAAUAUAAAGAGAUUUGAUUGAGGAUGUUGUUGCAGUAGGUUGGGUGAUGGUCUGAGCUGGUUUACACAUUUUUUUUGACAUUCUUGACUGGUAUUUAUUUAAAUAUCUCUUCAUUAAGGCUGUUUUUACCCUGACAUGUUCUUCUAUUUUCCCCAAAAACAUUGUCAGUGCUGAAUCUUGUUUGAAAUGUUUGUUAGUGAACGUUUUCAGGAGGACCAAAAGUGUGUAAAAUGAGCAUUUGGAUAAGGGUUGGAAAAUGUAACAAUAUAGAAGGGAGAGGAAAGAGAUGUUUCAAAUGGUAGAGAUUUUGCAAUAUUAUGAUGUAAGCAUACCUUUAAUAUCUCUGGCUAUAUUGCCAAUAGUGAUGCCAUACUGUGAUUUGGGGUUCAUAGGUUUAUUUUUUAACAUGAAUUCUUCGGGGUUUUUUCGUUUGCAGGAUGGUCCAAAAGAGCAGUUUACAUUUGGUUGUUUUCAUCUAAAAAUAAUUCUAAAAUAUACAUUUCAGAAUCAAUAUAUCCUGCCUUAAGAUUACAUAAACUUUGACCACACCACCCACUGUUAGUAAAGACCUUGCCAUGUGAUUUCCUGUCAACUAACUAUUUAAAACUAAAUAAACUUUCAUCCAUUAAA